ACUAAGAUUAUAUACAAGAAUGACAGAUAGAACUUGGACAUUUAUUUCCAAAAAAAAAAAAAACAAAGGUUUGUCGGUUUCAUCUCCAAAACCCGCGAACAUGGUGAAAUUUUUUUGGCUCCAACAAUUUCCCACUAAGAAACAGUUACUCACGUUUCACUUCUUGAUCUGCUUCCCUCACUAUCCAGUUACACAAUUGCCUUUAGAUAUGCUGAGGUGCGAAUUGAUUAAGGGUGUAUUUAUUUUGCAAUGAAUUAGUUGAUUUGCUUUUUUCUGAACUGCUCCUUUGCUUUUGAGAUUGACCUUUGGUACUGGCGAAGACGUCGUUGUUCUCUGUAUCUCAUUACUUCAAGUAUGGCAAAGAAAAAAUUAACUAAGCUUGGAGCUAUAAGAGGUUCUGGUGAUCAGCAUCAGACUCGUGAACCAAGAACACCGGGAUAUGAGAGAGUUAGAAUGGAAAGGAUCAAAGAAAAUGGGUCUAAAAUGAAAGAGCUAGGUUUGAAGGAUCAGGCCAAGUCAUUGAUGGCACUAGUUCAAAACAAUAGAGGCAGUCGUAGUAAGGCUAAAAUAAAAAAGGUUUCAGAGGAUAAUGAGAUUUAUCAGCCUAACUAAGAUUCUGAUAUGGAGCAUGAGCUUGUUUCCUGCGGUGAAGAGUUACCUAUUCCACAUUCUAAAUGUAAUCUCAAGUCCAAGUCUAUUCCAUGGAAGAUUCGCAAAAUGAAGGCUGUGACUCAAAAAUCAGUGAAAAUUGCUUCAGCUUUUAAGAAAUGUCGACAGAAAGUUCAUCUGGCUUCUUCAUCUUCUUCAUCUGGUGGCUCAUCUACCCCUAGUCAUGCAUCACAACAUCAUGUUAUAAGAAGAGAACCUGUUGAAACACUAGAAUUGGAAGUCAGACACUUAGAUCAAAAUGAGAAUGAUAAAGAAAAUGGUGGAAUGGAUAAGCCUAGAAGAGGACCAACUAUGUGCUAUAAAGUCCAUGGACGCAGCGAAGAAGAACGUUUAGAAAUUACCUUGAAUGAGCAUGGACAGCCUAUUGGUCCUGAUGACAAAACUUGCAACGAGUUCACUAGCUUCUUAGGAACAAUAGCUCGAAAAGCAAAUAUCCUACCAUUAACUAUCCAAAAUUGGCCCAUAUUAAGGAACGAGAAGAAAGAUGAGCUGUGGGAAUAUGUCAUGAAACAUUACAUAGUUCCUAUUGAGGGUAAGAAAUGGGUUUUGCAAACCAUUGGUUCUUGUUGGAGAGCCUACAAGUGUAGUCUGAAAAAAAAUCAUUUUAAAAAGUAUGACAAUGAUAAGAUGAGGAUGAAGAAGCGCCCAAUACGGGUUCCAAAAAUAAUGUUUAAAGAAUUAUUGAAAAUUUGGCAUAGUGACAAGCAUAAGGAAAUUAGUGAGCAAAAUACAGCAAAUUGUCUAGUGGGAAAAGAAAAAAAUGUUAUGCAUACGGCAGGGCCAAAGAGUUUUGCUAGGGUCCAAGAAAAGUGGAAAAAGGAGAGAAAAACAACAAAAAAACCAACACUAGCAGAAAUGUUUAUUGAAACACGCAAGGAAAAGCAGACAAAGCGCAAGCCGGGUGACCCAAGGGACAAACUAAUUAGAGAACUCGGAGAUAUAAAUUCACCAAAAGAUGGUGAUAGUGUCGUUGCUGCUGUAUUUAAUUCUAGUGACAAAAAGAAGGGUAAGUUAUGCCUUCAAGGAAGGGAUGUUUCUUCUACUCAAUUAAAUCAAAAGGCUAUGAUGAAGGAGACCGAAAAGAAGCAUGCAAACGAAGUUAAAGCUAUUGAAAAAUAUUAUGAAGAUAGGAGGCAGCAAGAUAGAGUGGAGUUAGCCAAUGGUCUUCGAUCCCUCUUCUCUCAACUUCAACAACAAAUUCCUCACACGUCUUUUGACCUUGGUGUGUUUGGCUCUUUAUUGCUUGAUGAUCACUCGGAGAAGGAUGCUAAUUGUCAAGAUAAUAUGGAAGGAAUGCUUCCACUUCAGUCUGCAUCUACAUCUAAUCAGGGGGUGAACCACAUGACUGAUGAACAAGAAGAAGAAGCCAUUGAAGACGAAGAUGAAGACUUAAUUUGAUCAUGCAUGAUUGACACUUAUGCUAGUCCAUUAUUGUCACUCCAUGGAGUUGUAUAAACUCUACUGUCUAUAUUUUCUUUAUUUUGUUAUAUAUAUUUAUAAGUAGUAUGUACAAUCUUAGACAUCAAGUUUAUUGCACUAUGUGAAUCUAAUUGGGGAUCAAAAUUUAUGUAGUUAUGGAUGCUAAUAUUUGCUUGAAUCUUUGAAGUUUAUUGUAAAAAUGUUUAUUA